UGAGAUAUUAGAGAUAUCGCAUGAGGCAUCCUGUUCAUGUUUAUAAUGCGGGAACUCUUAAGUCAAUUGUUAUUUGUCAAAACAACAAAUUCAUUCGAUGGGAUCUAUGUUUAUUAACAUCUUCUAAUGCAACAGAAUGUAAAAUCUAGGCAAAAUGUGACGGGGCGUGACAAAGUCUCAGGUUUUGUUGCUAUAAAAAGUGUUAACGAAACAGAGGAGGAGAUAAGACCAGCUGUCGCUGUAAAGAAGACAUCAUUCUUCAGAGAAUCUCUGAGCUUUUAUGGAAACACCGCAUUCAGCCAUGAAGUUUCAAAUCCUGUUUUUAUUCCUGCUGCUGACUUGCAUGUAUCCCAGUGUGGCACCAGGUCCCAUGAGUUCCUAUGAAAACUGCUGUUUGACGUAUGCAGUUGUAAAGAAGAAGAACAUCGGGAACAUCGGGAAACAAGUCGAGAGUUACAGAAUUCAGGAAUCAGAUGGAGGAUGUAACAUUCCUGCUGUUGUCUUCACGAUGAAGAAUUCAAAGACAAUCUGUGCCGAACCAAAUCAAACCUGGGUAAACAAAGUGAUACAGAAAUUGAAUAAGAAAAAAGCAGACACUAUGUAGUGUACAAGUUUCAGAGGCAGCUUUGAUCACGCCACUGCAGUCCAAAUAAAAAUGUUUAUAUUACCAACAUACUAAUGUAACAAUAUGUAGUUUAUACCACUAUCAAUCCUGCUGAUUCGUAUUUUCUUCACCUAUGAAUUAUUAUCUUCAUACAGAGGUUCAUAAUGAACUGUAUUGUAUGGUCUGCUUCUGUUCAUUGUAUUAAAACAAUUUGAAUGUACGAACUGUGAAUGAUUGCUCUCUUUGUCUACAUGCUUCAUAAUUAUCUUUGUAUACUGUAUGUAUAUGUAUUUUUCUUUUUUUCAUGUUCUAGUUCAUUAUAACCUGUAACCAGUAUAGCCUACAGGUGUGUGUGUGUGUGUGUGUGUGUGUGUGUGUGUGUGUGUGUGUGUGUGUGUGUGUGUGUGUGUGUGUGUGUGAGAUUGAGUGGGUAAGAGGGCAGUAUGUGCUUUAUACAUUUAAAGCAUUUUUUAUAAUAAAGUGUUGCAAUUGUGGA